AUGCCCGCAGACUGCUGGAUGUUGCCACCUGAAUGCACCUUAGUCGAUGUAUUAGGCAAAAACAGAUUCAAAUUGGACGAAAUUUGCUCUGAAACGAGUACGUCCUUGAACUACAACGAGGCCAAAAAUCAAGUUGACAUUUGGGGCGAUCGCGAGUCUGUCAACCGCGCAAAGCUUUUGUUGGAUUUGAUUGUGCAGCGCCUGCACCGAAGAGACGAACCAGUACGCCGCAAGACUAAAAAAUGGGGCAAGCCUGAGCGUGAACUGACGGAAAAGGAACGUAAGCGGGCAGGACGGAAACAGCUCAAGGAAGAAGAAGAACGAGCGUUCCAAGGUUAUCCAAAUCGUCCACUCUCAUACAACGCGAUAGUGCCCUUUCCGAACAAGAACAUUCCUAUGAAUCAAGUAUUUGGGGUGAAGGAAGAGUUCUUGAACCAACUCAGAGCAGACUGCAAAUGCUUUAUGAAGUACAAUGAAAAUACCAAUGCUAUCAGUGUCACGGGCGAGAACGCGGAUAAAGUCAACGAGGCUGCAGCACGUAUGCGAAAUUUAUAUCUCAAGAACGCCCGCUCGCCGCACUAUGCCACACUGCGUUCGUUCAAGCAACCCAAGACAAACAUGAGGGUCAAGUACCGUAAUCUGCCUCAAGGUUUUAUCACGCCGCGGUAUGCCCCACCUGACAAAGAGGAACACAUUCUUGCAAACAACCGACUUUUGGAAAGCAUGGUCACUGGUGUGGUGGCGCGUAUCCCGGAUAGCCCAAAUCUGGUUGGCUUGGACAAUGAAGACAACGAUGACAACGCAAAGAGCGAUUUUUCAGAUGAAAUGCAACAGUUGGACGCAAAGAACGAGAAAAAAAUGACCGGCGCGCUCGAAAUGGGUCUGGAGAGUAUACGGUUAAACCAAGAAAAGAUAAGAAUGAAGAUCAGAAUCGGCCAAAUCGUACUUACGGACUAUCCGAAGCGUCAGGGUAACAUCACGCUCGAGGACCUUGCGAUCAAGAUUUUCCCGCAUCGCAAGUUUAAAAGUGUCUUGGCGCCCUGCAUUGGACGCAGCGAAGGAGAGCUCCACCCAUUGUUCGAGUGGCUCACUUCAAACUGUAUCAAGUUUACUGAUUCUCCGCGCACGUCUUAUACCAUCGAGGCGGACCAAUAUCCGCAGUUCUUACCACGACCAUCCGCUUAUGCACGCCGUGAACAGCAGACGGCUUCCAUGGAACAGGACAAGUGGCGAACAAUCAUCAUGGCAGACUUUACUAGCGACCGACGGGUUGGUUUAUGGGAUUUGAUUGCCGAAGGCCAAGAUAUUGUCACUAUCAGCAUCAUGGAUUUGGAAAGUUAUUACUCGUGGGAACUCAAGCUACAGACCGCAAAACGGUUCAGCUCGUUUAACAACAGAGAUACACCCCACAGCCAGUUUGUGGAAUCUUUAAUGCUCGAUCCAGAAACCAAUCGACUCAUUCUGGUGCCCAAUGCACGUGACUACGAGCCACACUUGAUCACGCAAAAGACCAAAUGGGUGUAUGCUUUGGACGGUUGGAUUAUCGAAGUCUGUUCUGACGAGGUCUGGGAUAUCCAUCGUUUGGGUCUGUCGAAGGACCGUCUUGAUUUGCCUGUCAAUUUGUCUCGUUUCGACCCGCAUCGUGUUAUUUUCAAGUUUUCGAUUUACCACGAGAAAUGGGUUACCCGCUUUGCCGAGAACUUGUCGUUGCAGGUCGGUGAGGCGCCUAACUGGACUCCUGUGCAGUUCUUGGCCAACGGCGAUGAGAAUAUGCACGAGAUCAUCAAUUUUGCACGAGAAAUGACAACCAUGCUGAGCGAGGAGGUUAAGCCCUUCUACGAGUCUCAUGCUCUUUGA